UCCUAUCACACUUUUAUUAAAGCACUAUUCUUAGUGUACUUGAAUAGCUCUCUCUCUCUCUCUCUAUCUAGAGAAGUAAGAAUUUGUGAUUCGCUUCAUCUCUCUCUCUAUAGUAAUAGUUUGUACUAGGAGGCAGUAUGGGCAUUAGUUAUUGCAUCUUUGUUGUGGCCUUUCUGUAUACGGGGGCCAUGGCCUAUGCAAAUCUCUCUCCAAAUUUCUAUGCAUCUUCAUGCCCUGAUCUACUCUCUACAGUUCAAGAUGUGGUCUGCGAUGCUGUGAGCAAGGAAACGCGUGCUGCUGCAUCUUUGCUUCGCCUCCAUUUCCACGAUUGUUUUGUCCAAGGCUGUGAUGCGUCCGUACUGCUUGACGACACUUCAACAUUUACUGGAGAGAAGACCGCGCGUCCAAAUGCGGGUUCACUGCGCAGGUUCGACAUUAUUGAUGAGAUAAAAAAGCAGGUGGAAUGCAUCUGCCCUGGUGUCGUCUCUUGUGCUGAUAUACUCGCCCUUGCUGCACGUGACUCUGUAGUUGCGUUAGGUGGGCCUACAUGGACAGUGCCUCUAGGCAGGCGUGACUCAAAAACUGCAAGUCUGAGGUUGGCCAACAGUGAUAUCGCACCAGGGUCCUUCAAUCUCGGUCAACUUAUUUCAAAUUUCGCUAAACAAGGGCUUAAUCUAAAAGAUUUGGUGGUUUUAUCAGGGGCUCAUACAAUUGGUCUAGCUCGAUGCGUCACUUUCCGAGGCCGAAUCUAUAAUGACACCAACAUAAACCCGUCUUUUGCAAGGGCCCUGCAACGGAAGUGCCCACGAGUCGGGAACAACAACACUCUUCAACAACUCGACCUCGUGACACCAGACAUAUUCGAUAACUCGUAUUAUAAGAAUUUACAGUGCUUGAAGGGGCUUCUCCACUCUGACCAAGCACUCCUCAAUGGAGGUUCUGCAGAUUCUCUAAGCAAAACCUAUGCUGCUGACACUAAAACUUUCUUUGCAGAUUUUGCGCAAUCUAUGAUUAAGAUGGGGAACAUUAAGGUUCUCACAGGUUCUCAGGGUGAGGUUAGGACCAAUUGCAGGAAGGUCAAUUGAUAAAUGGGAUAUUUAUGAUAAGUUAUUUGCCCAAACAAACUAUUUAUGAUGAAUGGAAAAAUAAAGAGCUAAUGGGCACAUGUGUUGCCCUGGGUUUGUGAAUGUUGUGCUAUAUUACUGUCAGGUGCAAAAACAAAGAGCCAAAGGGCUCAUGUUUUGCCCUGGAUUUGUGAAUGUUGUACUGUAAUACUGUCAAGUGCGAAUUGCUCUAGUAGAAUUGCAAAUGGUGUUUUUAUUAAUGUUUGUGUUACAAAUUUCGGUGGGUUCUCUAAGAGACUCAAAUAUAAACAUAGUUAUUGGAGUAUUCAAUUUGAUUAA